UAGUUUUACCGCGCUCUCUGUUGUUCUCUCUUGAUGCUGGUUUACUACAAACUGUUAGAAAUGUUGUUUCUGUUAAAAGAGAAAUACAGAUUUUGAAUCAGGUCAGUAAAUACCUGUAAUAUUCUGGUCCUCACAGUCCUGACUAAGUUUUGAAUCAAGCGGGAAUAUCUGGAGUAGUAUCAUUUGAACUGAGAUCUGCUGCUGUGAAGAUGAAGUUUGUUAAAGAGGAGAGUGAAGAGAACAUGAGAGAACAAGAAACCUGGAGAAUAAAACACGAGGAACCAGAAACCUGGAGAAUAAAACACGAGGGACCUGAAACCUGGAGAAUAAAACACGAGGAGCCAGAAACCUGGAGAAUAAAACAGGAAGAACCAGAAACCCGGAGAAUAAAACACGAGGAACCAGAAUCAGAAACUAUAAGAAUAAAACACGAGGAACCAGAAACCUGGAGAAUAAAACACGAGGAACAAGGAGGCCUGAUGAAAAUGAAAGAAGAAAGACAAGAUCGGAAAGAGGUGGAUGAGAAAUAUCAGGAUCAGAAAGCUCCUGGUGUCAAUGAAGAAAAAUCUGUGAGUUGCAGAAUUAAAACAACAGAAGUCAAGAGGCCUUUCAUCUGCUCUCAGUGUGGAAACACUUUCACAUGUAACAGAAAUCUUAAGAGGCACAUGUUAAUUCAUGCUGGGAUAAAGCCUUUCAUCUGCUCUCACUGUGGAAAGAGUUUUACACUGAAAGAACACCUUAAGAGUCAUUUGGUAACUCACUCUUCAGAAAAACCUUUCAGUUGCUCUCAGUGUGGAAACACUUUUACGUGUAAAGUGAGCCAUGAGAACCACAUGUUAAUUCACGCUGGGAUAAAGCCUUUCUCCUGCUCUCAGUGUGAAAAGAGUUUUACAAAGAAAUCAAGCCUUAAUAGGCACAUGUUAGUUCAUGCUGGGAUAAAGUCUUUCAGCUGCUCUCACUGUGGAAAGAGUUUUAGACUGAAAGGACAACUUAAGAUUCAUUUGGUUACUCACAAUUCAGAAAAACCUUUCAGCUGCUCUCAGUGUGGAAAGAGUUUUACACUGAAAUCAUACCUUAAGAGGCACAUGUUAAUUCAUUCUGGGAAAAAGGCUUAAUCCUGCUCUCACUGUGGAAAGACAUUUACACAGAAAGGACAACUCAAGAUUCAUUUGUUAACUCACACUUCAUAAAAGCCUUUCACCUGCUCUUAGUGUGGUAGGUCUUUGUCACAUAAAAGAUU